GUGUGUGUGUGUGUAUGUGUGUGUCGCUGUCCCCGGGGGCCGCAUAGCGCCUCACAGCGCUGUCUGCGGGCGGCGAUCCAUGGGCGACUGGUGCCGGUGGCCGGGACGGUCCGGCUGUGAGAUGGGGCACACGGCGAGCGGCAACGUCAAGAUGAUCUCAGUGAGACCCGACAGCACGAGCCCGGAGGCCAACUCGGCCGCCGCCGCCGCCGCGCGGAGAGUGCGCAGCAUAACACAGCCGAAGAGCUGCAUCCUGGAAAAUCCAAACCACAUCGAGAAUUUGGUGGAAAGUUUUGACUUCACACAGAUUCAUUCUAUCCAAGAUAUAUCAGACGUAAAAAGUAAGCUCCAAGAAGCAGAAGAAAAGGCCAGAACAUUAGCAAGAGAGCUGGCUGAGGUCGAAGGGUGUAACGCAGAACUCGGGGACCAGGUAAUGUGGUUGGAAGAGGAGGUGGAUACUGCAAGAAAGAAGCUAAUGGCUAAAGAAUCAUACGAGGAAACCCUGAAUGCCAAAGACCAGUACAUCCUGAGGUUAGAAGGAGAAAAUAAAGCCAUUCAGGAACAAAUAAGGCAGUUAAAACGGAAUCAGAACAGAAAGGUGAGGAACCUGCAGAUUCAAUUGGCUCAGGCCAAGCAAGAUGCUGCCCUAACUCUGAUGCAAGCAAAGGAGAGUAUUCAAGAGCUGGAGGAAAUGAUUCAGCUCACUAGGGAUAAAAGAAUCAACGCAAGGGGUUGCAAAGGAGACCUUGGCAUUGACACAGAGCCCAGCAGUGAGCACGUGGCUGAAGAUAAAAGUCACAUACGACUUGUGCUUGAGCUGUCCAGCCAAUUAGCUGAACAGCAAGAGAAAAUUCGCCUUCUGGAGAGGAGCUUACAGGAGAGAGAUGAGCAAUUGCGAGCACUUGAAGCACAGCACCCCACACAACCAGCUGGGGGAGCUUUGGGACCCAAAAUGCUGCAGACUGACUUACGAUCGUCACCCGGCCACAGAGCCUGUUCUACGGUCAAUGGUCAAAGGGUAGCAGUGUCACUUGGGACGGAAUGCGUCUCUUCACGCAAACCACCGAGUGGCAGAAAGGCCAAGCGCAGCCCGAUGCUGAGGCUCAAGGAGGUUAAAGAUACUCAUUCAAAGUUGCUGGAAAGUAGCACAUCACCAAAUAAGAUGAGUGACUAUGCGCUUGUUUCAUCCCCGAGGAUAGGAUAUCCAUGACAACACAUGAGACGGAUGUGCUGGAAGGCAUGAUUAGCAAACUGGAACAAGUGCCAGUUCCAGAGCUCAGAAGAUACACAAUAUUAACCAGGAAAUACCACAAACCACAAAGCUUUGGCGUACCAUUAUACAGCAAUUAAACUGCAAUGCAAGAAUCGUGCGACUAUGGGUGUCCUGAGCAGUGCUGUGUUUUAGUGGGACCAUAGGGAAAAAAAGUUUGUAUUUCUGUGGUUUCUAUACAAGAAAAAGAAAAUUAUAUUAUUUCAAAUGGUUAUAAAAUGUAUGUACUUUUCAUCUCUUGAUUUAAAUUACCAGUAUUAAAAGUGGGAGUUUGCAAUAAGCUUGAAGUGUGCAUUACACUGGGUAAAAAGAAAAGGGAGCAUUCUUUAUUAAUGCAGUGAUUCUGUCCAUCUAAAGUUACUGCCUAUUAC